AUGAAUGAACGUCAAUUUCAUUUUCAAGAUUUACCAGUCGAACGUUUUCUUCAUAUUUUCAAAUAUCUCGCUCCUCAUGACCUUGUUAAUCCUUUCGAAAGGCUCAAUCAACAAUUUGACAUUAUGUUUGCUCAACAGCCACUAUGCUUACCGAAUAAUCGACAAAUGAGUAUUCAGUUAUAUUGUCAUUAUUUAAAGAAAAUUGUUAGCAAACAUGCUUCACAGAUUGUUUACUUUCAUUUACCUAAACGAAAUGCACCAUGUGCAAUAGAUUACUUUCUUGGCAUUGUUGGCGAAAAUAUUUCACAUUUACUUCGUAUUGCUCAACGAUCACCAUAUUUUAGUGAACUAUAUAUCGAAUCAGAUCUGGAUUAUGGUCGUGUUCUUUCAUUGAAUAAACAAUUGGGAAGCUUACUUAGUCGUCAGCUUGUAAUCUUACAUUUUACUACUAAAGAAGCUAAUAAUUCACUUGGUGAUCCUGUUGGUAUUAUUGAUAAGUUGGAUGUGGGUGAGCUUAAACAAUCUGCAGCUGUAUUCAUGCUCCAUACACACCCACGCCCUAAAUUAUUUCAAAUGAAUCAAGUUGUGCAUAAAAAACACGGUGAUCGCUGA